AUGUCAGGAUUGAAAAGAUUAACUCCAGCACCUCCUCCACAGAUUAAUGCAUGGGAAUUGAAUACAUUAAUUGAAGAUCAAAAAGAAUUAAAUAGAGAACACAAUAGUAGAGAUGCUAAUCAAAAUUAUGCUGCAAAUAAUGAGAUUUCAAAUAAUUAUAAUGAUUAUCAACAAAAUUCAAUACCAAUUUUAACAACAUCAAAUUCAUCAAGUUAUAUACAAGAUCAGAAUGAUUCAAAUGGUUCAAUAACUUUAGUUACAACUCCUCCAACUACAAGUAGUCAAAACCAUUCACAAUCAAAAUCUCAACCGAAUGAAAAUAAAAAUAAAAAGGAUAUGCUUAUAAGUGUUGGUAAAAAUUUAAAAAUUAAAAAACCAAUUUUCCCCAAAUCAAAUGAAAUGAUGAAAAAUGAUACUGCAACUGAAUUUAAUCAUUUAAUAAAUAAAAAAUUAUUUCAUCAUAUGAAUCAUCAUCAAAAUAAUAAACUGCAUCAUAUUUGGUUUAAUACUCCUCCAAUUACAACUCCUCAACCUUUUACUCCAUUUAUUAAUGAUUAUAAUUUCAAAAAAGAUUCAUCAACAUCAUUACCACAACCAAUUCCAUUUGCAACUAGUCCUUUACCAUCACCUUUUUUAAUUCCAUCAUCAACUAAUAUAUCACCUUUCUCACCACAAUCUCCACCUAUAUUUCAACAACAUAUGAUUUAUUGUAAUUUACCUAAUUUCCAGCAAAUUCCAUUAACUCCUAUUCCUCAAAACAUAAUUAAUAAACAAAAUAUGAAUCAAGUAUCUGAACAACAACAAAAACAAAAACAAAUUACAACAAAACAACAAAAAUUAGCAAUAAAAAAAUCAACAAUAAAAAAACAAAUAGAAUAUUAUUUUUCAACUGAAAAUUUAUGUAAAGAUACUUAUCUUAGAUCAUUAAUUGAUUUAAAAGAUGGUAAAAUUGAAAUUUCAAAUUUAUUAAAAUUUAAAAGAUUAUUAAUUUUAUCAUCAAAUGGUAAAUAUAAUAAUUUAAUUAUUGAAGUUAUUAAUGAAAUUGAGAAUUUGGAAUUAGUAGAUGAUAAUCAAUUUGUUAGAUUGAAAAAUUGGAAACUUUGGGUUUUGAAACAUUAA